AUGCACUUCACCACUACCACCUUCGCCGCAGCUGCCCUGCUGGGAACUGCUUCCGCACUUCCUGGCAAGUUCCAGUUCGAGAAGCGUUCGGUCGCUGACUGCGAUGCCACCUACAAUGCUUGCCGCACCAAGUACUUGGCCAACAUGUCUACUUGCGCCUCAGAGUAUGCAUCGUGCCUUGGAUACAACCCUUUCACUGCCGCCGCCAGCCACACUGUACCUUUCCCUCUUGACUCUUCUUACCUCUACGGUCCCACUGGCUCUGUGUCCAGCAAGACCGGUGNNCUGUUGGGACUGGCGUCUUUGGAACUGGCCCGAUUGGAACUGGCUCCGUCAGCACUCCUACCACUUCUUCGGUCGUCGUCAAGCCUACAACCACNNACAGGAGAUGGAAGCACAAUCACCAAGACCUACACUAUCCCUGUUGAGGUUACCUCGACCAUUACAUCUUUCGUGCCUUGCUCGACUGCCGUCAUGUCGAACAGCGAGACCACCUUCUUCAGCACCUGGUUGACUGUUACAUACCUUACAACAACCUACAAGACCGUCACCACCAGCUGCGAGACCAUCUACCCUACCUCGACUGAGUCUGCUUCAGUCCAUGUUUCUGCUACUACCCUGCCCGGCACCACUCUUACUGGACAGGCUUCUGGCACUUGUGCUGGACCCGAGACUGUUUACGAGACUGUUGUUUCUUACGUGACCGUCUAUGGCGAUUCCAAGACCAAGAGCGCUGCCCCUGCCACCAAAACUCCUAUCCAGCCCGGCUCAACCCUCAGCUGGUCUCACACCGGCUCUGCCAGUGGUAUGGCCAAGCCUACUGGUUGGGUCAAGCCCUCCGGCUAUGCUAAGCCCUCAGGAUACUAG